UGAGACUGAAUAAGAAAAGGUUGUUUGAGGUUAAUUUCACCCUCUUCAAGAUUCUGUAAAUGUCCUACAAUCUCCUCAAUUGCAAUCUCUAGUCACAUUUUUAAAUCUACUUGACCAUUUUUAUGUGGCUGGUGUUGAUUAAACUAGCUCACAAUUGAGCUAGCAAGAAAUAAUUACACUGUUUAUCUGUUUCUUGUUUGUCUAAAUAUUUUUGCAACCUCUCUUUCUAUCACCAAUAGAAUCUCACCGGCAGAUCCGUGAGUCCAAUGAAAAGAAAAAGAAAGAUUUUUUUUGGAAACUAGUAACAGUUUAAAGCAAGAGUUAGCUUUUCUUAGUCCAUCAAGUAUUUGGAAAACAAAACUGAUCAAUAUCAUCAAAUGGCUUCUACUUUUUGUUUCUUCAAAAAGCCAUUAAUAUCAUGGGUUUCUGUUCUGGUUCUUUCUCCAGUUUUUGCUGGUUAUUUCAGCUUUGGUUUCUUAUCAUCAAUACUUCUCACAGCAAUAGUAUUGAUUAUAUCCACUGUCUUCUUCACAUUCACAAAGCAACAACAAACUUCAGUAGUUAAAAACUCAAUUACUAAAGAGGUUCCUGAGUCAACUGAUGAUCUUCAGGAUGCCGUGUCAAUGAAGCAGCCUGAAAGUGAAACUGUGAAAUCACACAAGGAAGAAGAACAAGAAGGAGAAUCUAUAGAGCAUCAGAUUCAUGACUACUCAACCAGAUCAUCACCUGAUUUGUUAUCAGAAAGUGAAAGUUUUAAUAAUUUGUCAACUAGUGAAGAUUCCGAAGUGGACUGGCCAUUCAGAGACAUUGUAUACCAGAGUCCAGAUUGUUCUGAUGGAUCUAUUUCUGAUGAAGAAAGUCUCAUUGAAAUUGCUCUUCCAAGUGGGCAUUAUGUUGGGCGUAAGGAACAAGUUGUACCCAAGUUUAGUAGUCUAAUGGAACUCUUGGCAGAGAUUAAUGAAAUGAAUGAAGAAGACAACUUAAUAGAGAUUGACAUAUCCAUGGGCUCCAUCAAGUGCUCAAGGUUUGAGAUUGAAGCAUGAGUAUUAUUGAUAACGCCUUUUGAUAAAUUAACUGCAGCUUGAUCAUCAGAAAUUUUUAGAGUUUUUGAUCCUUUAUGAGCAUUUGGUGUUUACCGUGCUGCUGUGUUGUAUUGUUGUUAACUGUGAAGCUUCUGAUUUUAUGUUCAAUCUUGCACUAAAAAACUUUGGAUACCCAUUAAAGAGAAGAAGCUGUAUCAUGGCUACUUUAUUUUUUGAUCUCUUAAUGCACAUCAUAAGUCUAAAGGCUCUUGCCACCAAUGGAUUGAAUU